AUGAAAGACAUAUUUUGCCAUCAAUCAGUUCCAAGUGAUCCUACACAAUCAAAAUUAUAUCUUUUAUUAAAAAUAUUAAGUAUUGAUCCUGAUUGCAAAGGAAAGGUUUUGGACGAUUUUUAUUUCUCUGUCAGUGAUAUAUUUUAUAUAAAUUAUAAAGGAGGCAUUUCUAUACCAUGGCUACUAGGAUUAACUUGUACUGAUAAUGUUCAAUGGCUUAGAUAUUUUAUUUCAACCACUGAUCCUGAUCUACUUCCAAAAUCUUUUAAAGCUAAUCAAAAAUGA